AUGGAAUUGGAUAUAUCGAAAUUGGAUCGUUUAGAGAAAUUGAAUUGUUGUAAACAUUAUUGGUCUAAUGUACCAAUGGAAAUAUAUAUAUCAAAUGAAGAGAAUAAAUUAUUAACAAUUCGUGAUAAUAAUAUUAUUAUUUGGCAAUCUAAUGAUAAUUAUUGUAAAUUUCUUUAUUGUUAUCAUAAUUCUAAACAAAUUACUUUAUUACAACUUAUUAUUUUAUUUUCUAAUAAUAAACAUAAACGUUUAUAUUUUUCUAAAGUUAAUUCUUCCGUUACGGUGACUGGUCCUACGGAUAGUACACCUGUACCUGGUACUGUAAGUACUACUGUUACUAAGGAUACUAAUACUAAUACUAAUAAUAGUACUGAGGAUACUAAUACUAACGAAGUCCAUUUCGGGGAUAAGGAAGCCCCUUUUGGGGCUGUUGGUGAGGAAACUACUGGUACCGUUGGAGCAAGCACCGUAACGGGAAAAUGGAUACAAAUAGAUAAUGAUAUAUUAUAUAAUGAAAUAAAUAAAUUAAGUGAAAUAUUACCAAGAAAUGAAAGUGAAAUGGAACGUUGGACAUUAAAUUCGAAUAUAGAAAAUUUUAUUCCUAAAAUGAAACCGAAAUAUUUUGCUGUAGAUUUGGAUCGUACAUUUUUAAUACAUAAUUCCAAGAAAAUGAUUGAAAAUAUUAAAUCAUUUGAAUAUUUAAGAAAUAAUAAUUUUAUUCCAUUUUUUUGUACAGGUACUGCGUUACGGUGA